AUGUUUGCGGAUGACAUUAAGCUCUGGAGCGUCGUUCGAACUGCAGAUGACGAAGAGCAUCUGCAGGCGAACCUAAAUCGACUCCAACAGUGGUCAAAGGCCUGGCUUCUGCCGUUCAACGAGAAAAAGUGUAAUAUUCUACGAGUCGGCAGAGCUCGCUCUCUGAACCAUAUGGCCUACUGCCUAAAUGGUAUACCACUGCAAGAAGUGGACUCGCAGAAGGACUUGGGAGUAUGGAUUACGACCUCGCUCAAAUCCUCGCUGCACUGCACGAAGAUAGCCAAGUCUGCAAUGUCAGUCCUCUACCUUGUCAAGCGGGCUUUCUCUGCCUUUGACGAAGACUGCUUCGCUAAAGUCUUUCGAACUUUUGUGCGUCCGCAACUAGAAUUUGCUAUCCAAGCUUGGAGACCCUGGACAGCGAAGGACUUCAGCAUCCUUGAAAGGGUUCAAAGGCGUGCAACGAAACUUGUGGCAGGACAGGGUUCACUACCAUAUGAAACGCGGUUAGCUAACCUUCAUCUCUUUCCCUUGAGUUACAGGCAGUUACGGGGUGACCUGAUACAAGUCUUCCGUAUCAUACGCGGUCAGGACUGCAGCCUCGUACCGGGUGACUUCUUCGAGUUAGCCACCACCACAAAUCUACGAGGCCAUCCAUUCAAACUACGUGUGACAGGGGCCAGACUGGACACACGAAAGUUCUUCUUCUCCAACAGAGUGAUAGAAGCCUGGAAUGCCCUGCCUGUGGAUGUCGUUAUGUCUGCUUCCGUCGAGGUUUUUAAGAGGAAGCUGGAUUUGUGUAGCAGUGUGCACUAA